AUGAACGAACUAAUCUCUUAUUAUAAUUCAGAAGGAAGUACUGAUUUUUCUAGAUUUGAAAAAGAAGGUUAUUAUAUGAUAAUGUUAGCUUUACGAACUAGAGAUUGUUCUCAAAUUUGGAAUAAAUAUUCUGUAAUUGCAAGUUUGGGUAUUAUUAAUCAAACUCAUUCCAAUACAGGUAUCAAAGUAUUGAGUAGCAAUUUACCCAACCAGCCAGGGUGGAAAGUCGGACAACCAUACGAUGAUGCAGGUGGACUUUAUGGUUUGGGGUUACUUCAAGCGGAUAAGCCUGCAGACGAUAUUAAAAAAUAUCUAAGAGAACAGUUAAGCGCUGCCAUCGAGACCAUGUCUGGAAAUACAAAUAAUGAAUUAUUGACAGGAGCUAGUAUGGGUUGUAGUCUAGCUUUUAUUGCAACUAAUGAUGUUGAUAUUACCAAUCUAUUGGAAGCUAUCUUGUUGUAUGAUGUGCCACUACCUUCUGAGGCUGCAUGUCUUGGUAUGGGUAUUGUCAACUAUAGUAAGUUUGAUACGGCGUUAAUAAAAAAAUUACUUGCUUUUUCGAGUCAUACUCAACACGAAAAAAUUUUAAGAAGCAUUGGUGUAGCUAUAUCUAUGCUUGUGGCUCAUUCGAACGAAAACUGUUUGGAAGUUGUUAAUGAAAUAAUUUCACACGAGAACGAGUUUAUUCGAAUGGGCGGUGUACUUUCCUUAGGUACUGCUUAUUUCCAAAAUACUAACAACGAUAUAAUUGCUCGUUUACUGAAACUGAUUAUUGAUGACGCCAGCGAUGAAGUGAAACAUAUGGCGGUCAUGGCCCUUUGCUUCGUUUAUCUCGGUACAAGCGAAUUUGUUAAUGCAUUAGAAACCUUCAAAAUGCUAAUUGAUUCUUUUAAUUACAGAAUUAGAUACGCUGCUGCUUCCGCAAUAGGAUUAAUAGCGGCUGGAACGGGUGAUAGAAAUGCUUUAGAAUUAUUACUACUUGUAAUCAACGAUUCUCAUGAGCUUGUUCGUCAGGCAGCAUUAAUAAGUCUUGGUAUGAUUUAUAUGGGUAUAUCUGACAGAAUGAUUUUAUAUCAACGCAAGGAAAAUACUCCCACUAUUGAUAUUGGCGACAUUUCAGUAACUAAAUUGCCUAUUUACCCUACGCCUACUGAAGUACGAGAUUUGCUUGUAACGUUAGCCUGCAACUCAUAUGACGAUGUAAUGGUUCGAGUAGGAGCGUUGUAUGGUCUUGGAUUUUUGACUGCCAGCGGUUCUAAUGCCACCCUUGCAACAGUUAGACGUGUUAUCGAAAAGAACAACGAAACAAAUCCAGGAAUGAAAAAAUUGUUAGAAAGUCAAAAAUGGGUUGGUUCAUUCAUUUCACCAGUAAGGGCUAUUGGGUUCAUUCUAUACACUCAAUUUUGGUAUUGGUAUCCAUUUAUCUUGAAUAUUACGCUUUCAUUCGUUCCUCAAGCUUUGAUUGCUGUAACAGAAGACGGAAUAGCUCCUGAAGAUUUCAACUUACGUCUAAAUUUGAAAUCAUUUAAAGCAGUUCUUAAGUUGUGGAAAUUAAUGCUCAAAAUAACAAAUAAUAUAAUGGAUGACGGAUGA